CUCGCUACUGCUACCCAGAUUUACUACCGGAAAGCUUAUCCGUGAAGAGAUCACGCUAACAUGGGACUUGGGAGCACCUAACGGUCAUGUGAGGGAAAUGAUUAAGAUGAAUGGCGAUUUUCCCGGCCCAUCGUUUGUAUGGGAUGAAGAUGACGAUAUCGAGGUCAUCGUUCACAAUAAAAUGCCAUUCAAUUCAAGUAUUCAUUGGCAUGGUUUAAUGAUGCUAGGCACACCAUGGUCUGAUGGCGCGCCCGGAGCGACGCAGCUACCUAUUGAGCCCGAGGAGAUAUUUAUUUAUCGGUUUAAGGCCAGUCCAAGCGGAACUCACUGGUAUCAUGCCCAUUCACGGACGACUCUAUUAGACGGUCUUUAUGGAGGCAUCUUCAUCAGACCAAAAGAAGAUACUCCAGGGCCAUGGGGCCUUAUUUCCAAAGACAAAUCAGACAUCCAGGCAAUGGAAAAAGCCUCCCGUGAUCCAAAGCAGGUGCUCGUGUCUGACUGGACGGAAUUCAAAUCCUGGAAUUAUAUGGAAGCUGAAGAAGCCUCGAAGUUCACAAUUUUCUGCGUCGAUAGCAUCUUACUCAAUGGCAAGGGCAGUAUCUACUGUCCCGGUGAGGAAUAUUUGGUCAACCACACGAGCACAUAUAUGAAAUGGGCUCUAUAUCCGGGCCACGUCAAUGACAAGGGAUGUUUCCCUUUUAUGAAGUCCACUGAGGGCCCGUAUCUCAGCCAGGGAAGACCAGAAACUAUCCCUUUGCACCUUCAAAAAGGUUGUGUUCCAGCCACGGGUGAUCAGGAAGUGAUUCACGUCGACCCCAAGUCUAGAUGGGUCAGUCUUAAUUUCAUCGGUGCUGCCACUUUCAAAACGACCGUAUUCUCAAUCGACGAACAUCCUAUGUGGGUUUACGAGGUGGAUGGGCACCGCGUCGAACCACAGAAGGUUGACACGGUCAAGAUGUACGCUGGCGAGCGAUAUGCAGUUAUGAUCCGAUUAGGCAAAGAGCCAAAAGACUACACGAUACGUGUGGCGGACAGUGGUCUGACGCAGGUCAUCUCGUCAUUUGCCACGCUACGUUAUGCUGGCAGUACGGGCGCUCCGUCGACCAGCAAAGGAGUUUUCAAUUACGGAGGCCAGAAUACAACUGCGAUUGUGACGCUUGAUCGCAAUCAUCUGCCGCCUUUCCCGCAACUGCGGCCGGCUGCAAGGUCGGAUGAGCACUAUGUCCUCCACACGCACCGGUGGCGCAGCGCAUGGCAGUACACUCUCAGUGGGGGUGGUAUGUGGCAGGAAGAUCGCAGUGCAUACACUCCACUGCUCUACGACAUCAGCCAGCCAGACGCUCAAGAUGAAAAUCUCAUCAUUCGCACCCGCAACGGGUCUUGGGUCGAUCUCAUAAUCCAGGUGGGAUCACAACCAGGCCAGCCCCAGGAGUUCCCACAUAUGAUGCAUAAGCACACGGGCAAGAUGUGGCAAGUUGGAGCAGGCGAGGGUAUCUGGAACUACACGAGUGUGGACGAAGCGAUAGCCGCCGAGCCGCAUCGAUUCAAUCUUGAAAACCCUAACUAUCGUGACACAUUCAUCACGUCUUUUGAUGGACCUUCCUGGCUUGUGUUAAGGUACCAUUCUAUCAAUCCCGGCCCGUGGCUUUUCCACUGCCAUAUCGAAACUCACCUGGCGGGAGGUAUGGCCAUCGCCCUGUUAGAUGGAGUCGAUGCGUGGCCCGAGAUUCCUCCAGAAUAUGCUCCUAAUCAAAAGGGCCUCGUGCCUGGGCAACCUGUCCCACGACCGGGAAUAUACCUACCGCUACCAGAGAAAAGGCCAGAUCAUGAUCUUUCACUUGAAGAUCUGGAUAUUGUGGAACAGACAGCUGAGAUGGAAAUGAUUGAGUCGUAUCGUUAUUCGAAAGCUUGGAACUCGGUCCUGAAGAAGAUGAUUGGCUUCCUUGAGACAAUUAAGUCAAGGCCUGGGUCAUAAUCUUUGUUUCAUUUUAAUUUUUCCAUGGAUGUCAAAAAUAGCUCUCAUAACAGAUAUGCGAAAUACAAGUCUCGAGGCAAACCCGAAAG